AUGGGGGCGCAUGUGCUGGGUUUCGGGGUGGAGUUGGUGAUGGCUGAGGGAUUUAGUUGGGAUUCAUAUUGUGGGUUGGGUUGGGUCGGAGAAGGUGGUAGGAGGAGAGAGAGGAUGACGGUUGAGAAUGGAGGGGGAUAUCAGAGAAGAUGGAUUUUUUUGUUUGUGUUGGGCUGCCAUGGGUGGGUGUUGAGGGAGGGUUGCGACGGGGGAGAGUGGUGGGUUCUUCUAGGUUGGUUUUUUAUUUUCUAUAAUCAAUUUUAA